AUGGCAUAUAUUUUUGUUUUUUACUUUCAGGUUCUUUUAAUGGGGAAAAGUGGCUCAGGUAAAACUAGUAUGAGAUCCAUUAUAUUUGCUAAUUAUAUUGCCAGGGAUACUAGAAGGUUAGGAGCAACAAUCGAUGUUGAACAUUCCCAUGUUAGGUUUUUAGGAAAUUUAGUAUUAAAUUUGUGGGAUUGUGGUGGUCAAGAGGCAUUUAUGGAAAAUUUUUUUGCCAGUCAAAGGGAUAACAUAUUUAAAAAUGUCGAAGUUCUUAUUUAUGUUUUUGAUGUAGAAAGCAGGGAAUUAGACAAAGAUAUGCAUUACUAUCAAAGUUGUUUAGAAGCAAUUUUACAGAAUUCACCUGAAGCUAAAGUAUUUUGCCUAAUACACAAAAUGGAUUUAGUUCAAGAGGAUCAACGUGAUAUUAUAUUUAGGGAACGUGAUGAAGAUCUGAAAAGACUAUCAAAGCCUUUGCAAUGUACUUGCUUUAGGACUUCCAUAUGGGACGAAACACUCUACAGAGCUUGGUCAAAUAUUGUUUAUAAAUUGAUUCCAAACGUUCAAGAAUUAGAGCAAAGUUUAAAUGAAUUUGCUAAUAUAAUAGAUGCAGAUGAAGUUUUACUCUUUGAAAAAGCUACGUUUCUUGUCAUUUCUCAUUGUGAACGAAGGGAACACAGAGAUGUUCACAGGUUUGAAAAAGUUUCAAACAUAAUUAAACAAUUUAAAUUGAGUUGCAGUCGUCUUGCCGCUCAGUUUCACAGCAUGGAGGUAAGAAACAGCAACUUUGCUUGUUUCAUUGACGUUUUCACAUCCAACACAUAUGUAAUGGUUAUUAUGUCUGAUCCUGGAAUACCAUCAGCCGCUACUUUGAUAAACAUUAAAAAUGCCCGUAAAUAUUUUGAAAAAUUAGAAAGAGUUGCACAAACUCAAAGCGCUCUUACAAGAUAA